GGGAGUCUUGCUACACUCACAUUAUUAAUUACCAGAAACUUAAACACAGAGGUGAUCAGCAGGGAUCCAAUAGUACUUGUUCUUCAUGAGUUUAUUUCGAAGCAGAAUAUUGAUGAAUUUCUUGCUGAAACUAGAGAAAUGGAGAUGGAAAUGGAAACGGUGGUAGACUAUAAUUAUAAAGAGAGUUAUGACAACGCAAGACAAGCAAAUGGAACAUGGAUUGCGCACGAGGAGACCAUUGCAGCAUCGAAAGUCUUCAGAAGAGCAAAAUCAAUGAUGCCCUUCAUCAACUUUGACCCAGGCGAUUACUGGCAGGUACCCUUCACUGUUAGUCGUGUAUAG